CAGAUUGUUUCACCUUUUUUCCCGUCACAAAGCUGCUUAUCACCAUUCCCGCUCAUUUCCCCAUAAAUUUCCUCUCUAUAAAAUCCAUUUCAGACCCCACGAUAUAAACUGAAAUUGCAAACGUCAGUUCCCCCAAAUCGAACUCCGUAAAAUCACCUCUCCCCACCUCAACAAUUCCAUGAUAUAACAAUUACGCGAAAAUUAAUUUACCUUACGUUGAAAUGCAAUUACCUCGCCACUUUGCAGCUUUAUUAUUCUCACGAUUUACCAAGACUGAUAUCCAACAGUACGCGAACCCCACAACUGUUCGAGGAUCAUUUAUUAACGAAUCGAGGUAUCAUCGAAACCCCCAGAGCCCCCAGUAUUCGCUCAGCUCAUUAAAUUGUAAAACGAAACAAUGUCUCAUCACUGGCAAUUAAGUUAUUUCGAUGUUGCUGUUGCUCAGCCUCAUGCAUCGAAUAAAUAAAAUUGAGAAGCCACUGGAUUUCCUCCAGCCCACCCAUCGUCAUUUGUUGAAUCGAGGCACGAUGAAUAAUAGGUAUUUAUUCAUCGUGCCGUAAUGACUGAGAAAAAAUUACCGGAAUUAGCGAUAAUCUAUCUGAAAUUCGGAACAACUUUGCUUUGCUCUUGGCCAUUGAAGCCUCAAGCUGGCAGCUUGGAAAAAAUAUUUUAUGGAGUUAAAUGGUUAUUCCUAUUGUUUAUAUUAAUGGUCUGUGACCUUCCCAUACUCUACACGGCUUAUUUGAGACGAAAUGAUUUUAUGGAACUGACCAAGUACCUUUGCUUCGCGGGAUCCAUGUCCCAUGGUCUCAUAAAGAUGAUUAUAUGCAGAUGCUACCACAGAGAGUACCAGCUUUGUUUUUAUCAUGUGCAGGAAUUAUUUGCAAUCAUGGAUCACUACUUUGAACAUGCGACUCCUCAGGAAAGAGAAGCAUUAAAUGCUUGUGUUAGAAAAGCAGCGCCUGUUCAUAUGACUGCUAACAUGAUCGGUUUCGUGGCAGCAGUUUCUUAUGUCUGUGGACCACUAGUCCUGGACCAAGAUUUACCAACUGAAGCUGUCUAUCCAUUCGCAAUAAAUUAUUCACCAAUGUUUCAGAUUAUUUAUACCCUACAGUCAAUUGCUGUUCUUCAAUGCUCUGCUGUUGGGCCAUUAGAUGGCCAAGUAUGUGUACUGUUUUGGUUCACUAUUGCUCGACUCCAACUCCUGGAGCAUGAUAUGAGAAACAUUGCAAGUGUCGAGGAGCUGAAUUCAUGCAUUCGCAAACAUCAAAGUAUCUUGAGAUUCAACAAAAAAGCGACUGAUGUUGCACGACCAAUAGUUAUGACGACAGUUGCAAUGGCAACUGUAACAGUUGCUUUCGGUGCAGUGCAUCUCAUUGGGGAUGAACCACUGGAGAUGAAAAUACAGUUCAUCGGUCUUGACAUAGGUUACGGUAUUCAGCUCUAUUUGAGUGCUUGGGCGGCGGAGAACUUUAUGAAAGCGAUUAACGACGUUAAAUGGGCCUUGUACGAUUCUCCCUGGUUGCAGAGUUCUCGUAGUACCAAUCAGUCGGUUAUUAUUGUCUUGCAGAGAUUGAAUGAAAUACCAAUAAUUUCUGUUGGUGGAUUCAUUCCAGAGUUGUCUCUGAAUUAUUACGCGGUGUAUUUAUCGAAGACGAUGUCGUUCUUCACAACGCUUCGUAUUAUGCUUCAGAAGAUGGACGAAUAAUUAUCCUCUAACCUCAAUUUCUCAUAAUCAUUCCAAUAAAUACAUCACCAAGUUAUUGAAAUUGAA